AAGAAAGUAGAGGAGAAAGAAAACUGAAAAUAAAAGCAAAAACUGCGGCCUUGUGCCCAAACCAAACAGUUUUUUUUAUUUUUAAUAAUAAACUAUUGUUUAUAUUUAAAUAGUUUUCAUUUUUUUAUAAGUGUACCUAGUGAGAAAUGUUAAAAGUCUAAAUGAGAUAACGAUUAAAAGCAACUGAAACAAAAGAAAGUAAAAAAAACAAAAAAAAACAAAAACAAAUUCAAAGAAAGAUUUAACAACUCUGUGAUAAUUACUGUAAAUUUAUAAAUAUAAAUAAAUAAAAAAAAAACUAAAAUCGCAAAAAAAAAACAAUCUCUAAUAUAUAAAUGAAAAGAAAUGAACACUAAACACAACUGUAAUUUUUAACAAUAGAAAAAAAAGAGAGACAGACGAAGUGGUAGGAGAAGAAAUACGAAAAUCUUAAACAACAACUUUAUACAUAAGAGCAAAUGCAAAUUAAAAGAUAAAAACAUUGAAACAAAUUCGUGAUAUCUUAAAGGACUUCGAUACAUAUACUAUAGUAUAUUAUAUAUUAUAUUAUAUAAACUUUAAGUAAAUAAGCUUAACUUGGUAAGCAAACAAACCCAUAAGUGAAAAUACAACAACAACAAAACAAACAAACAACAAAAGCAAAAAUAAAACAACCGUAGGUUAAAAAAAAGACUUUAAACAAAACGCGCAUUCAAAAUAAAUAUAUAUAUUUAAAAAGCAAACAAAAAUAAAAACUUAGGCUUAAAGUUCAACAUAGUAAAUGCAAAACCAGCAACUAUUAAAGAGUAUCUAUCUAUAUAUUAACUAUAAAUAACAAUAUAAACUCAUAAUAUGUGCAUAGUGAAUAGUAAACGAAACAGCAAUAAUAAUAUUACAAAACGUGUAACCGAAAAGUAAUAGCAACAACAACAACAACAACACAUCAAGAACAACAUACAGCGAAACGGAUCACUUGCAGCCCUCGCAGCCCGCAUCGAUCGUCUUGCAGCCCUGGUAGGCAGAUACAGGCAGGCAGAGAGAGAGAGAGCGAGCGACCAAUGCUGAGAGCGAAAAGAGAGCGCGGUCAGUUGAAAAGCUUAGUGUUUACCAAACAAACAACAAAGUAAAAAGUAAAUAAAAAUAAAUCACUAAUACUUCCUAAAAACCACAACGAUUGCCUACAAAUAUAUAUAUAUACUAUAUAUAUUAUAAAAAUAUAUAUGUAUAUUAUAGAUCAACAAAAACAAAGCAAAACAUAUUAACCACUUCCCUCUCCCUCCCCCAAACUAAAAAACAAAAAGAAAGUAAAUUUAAUAUAUCAAACUAAAAAGCUCUUAAAACACAAAAUAACCUACAAAUAGUUUAAUAAUAAAAACAAAAGUAUUCCGUAAAGCGACCCCAGUGUAUUUUUCUAGUAAAACUAAAAGAAAAAGCAAAAAAAAAAUUAAAAAUAUUAUUACAAAACAUAACUCGAACAUAUGAACAAACCGCAAUAAAUAGUUAAAGAAAUUAAAAAGUUUUUCAUGUAACUACAACUACAACCAACGGCAGCAGCUAAUGCAUUUUCAUCAGAUUACGAAUAUAUAUUUUUAAACACGAAGCAGCCGCAACUUCUACAACAACAACUACAAAUAACAACUAUAACAACAAAACUGAACAUAACAUUAUAAUUGUCGGCAUUUUUACAUACAUUUCUGGGGCGAGUUGCCCCAACAAAAGGUCGAAGAUCGUUGAAAACCCACAAAAACAACAACAGCAAGAACAAAUGAUUGCUUUUUUUUAUUAACUUCGAAGACAAGGAAUUUCAGUGCCUCUUGUGCCAGUGUUUAGCCAAAAUAUAUAUACACAACAAAUACGUAUUUAUUGCUUAGUUUUUUCUCUUUGAUAUAAAAAUAAUUACACUAAAAAUCGAAAGAAAAAUAAACAUUAAAAAUUAAUAUAAAAUAAUAAAAAAUAAAUUAAUAGAUUCAAAAAUAAGCAUUAGGUCAGUUUUUGAUCGGCUCCAAAAAACGCGCUCGCUCUCUUGAAAAAACGUUCAGCAUUCUCGUCAUCGUCAUCAUCAUCGUCACCAAUCACUAAUUGAUCAUCAUAAAGAAAACCAACAAAAAUAAUAACAACAACAACAACCAGUCUCCUUGUGCUAGUCACUAUCAGCAUUUUCUAUAACAUCCAAAUCAAGAACCAAUUAACAACAUGAAUACACAAUCCAAAGGAUAUCGCACUGGCGAAGAAAUCUACGAUAAUUUGCAGUGCUUCGACAUGACUGCCAUGCGCAACUUGAACAUACCCACUACGUUUCCGACAAUUAGCACUUUUACGCUAGACUCGACCACGUUGGGUCUACAAACGCAAUCGCAUGGACCGCCGACGCCAUCGUCCGUGCAAAUGGCAAUGGGUCAGCAGCAGCAGCAAAGUAUGCAUCAUCAUCAGCAGCAGCAGCAGCAACAUAUGCAGCACCAACAACAGCAGCAGCAGCAUCAACAGCAGCAGCAACAUCAUCAUCAGCAGCAGCAACAACAGCAGCAGCAGCAUCAAAGCAUUGGCAUGUUUGAUGCGAAUGAGGUCAACGAUAUCAUUCAGAACCCGCCACAAAUUGGCGUCUUUCAGUCGAACAGCGUGUUGAAUAACGGCAGCUCAUCGUCCAUUUUUGGCUCGCAGUCGAGCAAUUCCUCAGCAGCAGCUUCGGCAGCCAACGAUCCGAAUCAGAGCACACGCGAAACUGGCAUCAUUGAAAAGCUACUGCAUUCCUAUGGAUUUAUUCAGUGCUGCGAGCGACAGGCUCGUCUCUUCUUUCAUUUCUCGCAGUUCAGUGGCAAUAUUGAUCAUCUGAAGAUCGGUGAUCCCGUCGAGUUUGAAAUGACUUACGAUCGACGAACCGGCAAGCCCAUUGCUAGUCAAGUAUCUAAGAUAGCGCCAGAGGUUGUGCUCUCCGAGGAGCGUGUUACCGGCACAGUGACCACCGAAUUGCGCACCGAUAGUGCCAACAAUGUGCUCAGCUCCAACGAGACAACCGGUCGCAUUAGCUAUGAGAAUCGCGGCGAAUGCUUCUUUUUACCCUAUACCAAAGACGAUGUCGAGGGGAAUGUCAAUUUGCGGGCUGGCGAUAAGGUCAGCUUUCAAAUUGCAACCAACCAAAGAGGCAACCUAGGCGCGUGCCAUAUACGCCUGGAGAAUCCGGCUCAACCUGUGAAGUAUCGUGGCGUUGUUUGUUCAAUGAAGGAAUCAUUUGGUUUCAUUGAACGCGCCGAUGUGGUUAAAGAGAUCUUCUUUCAUUUCUCCGAGGCCGAGGGCAAUGUUGAGCUACGUCCUGGCGACGAUGUGGAGUUCACCAUCCAAACGCGGAGCCAGUCGGCCUCUGUGCCUCCGCAGGGCCGUGAAUUUGCCUGCAAUAUAACGCGCUUGCCACCCGGCUCUGUAAUCUUUGAGGAUGUCGAUACUACCAUAUACAAGGGUCAAGUGCUUAAAUCGCUGGAUCGCAACAAUGCGGUGCGCCAAAACAAUGAUCCAUUGCCAGGCCGUAUACGUUACCGUGCCCCCGAUUACUCCGAAGUGGAGGUGCCAUUUGGCGAUAAGGAUCAGAAGGGUGAUUUUACUUUACGUCACGGCGAUUGGGUGCAAUUUUUGCUGGCAACCGACAGGCGGGAUCAGUUGCAGCGUGCCACAUCCAUUGCGCUGCUGGACGAGACGUUCAAGGUGUCCGGCGAGAAACGUGAGCAAGGCACAAUUGCCUCCCUCAAAGAGGGCUUUGGAUUCUUACGCUGCGUGGAGCGGCAAGUGCGAUUGUUUUUCCACUUUACAGAGGUGCUCGAUACGAGCCGUGAAAUUGAGGUCAAUGAUGAGGUGGAGUUUACUGUCAUACAGGAGCCUGGUCUAGCCUAUAAUAACUCGCGUUUGCAGGCCAUACGCAUUCAGCAUCUGCCGCCCAAUUCAGUGCAAUUUGAAACUUUAAUGGCCAGCAACAUUGAGGGCUGCGUGACACGCGAAGCGCCCAAGAGUCCAAUUAAAUCUCAGGAUCGCGUCGAGGGUGGCGUCAUCACCUAUGAACAUGGCGAUGUUAAAAAGACUAUUAUGUAUUUUCUCAAAGACUGCGAAAAACCACCAAGAAUUGGCGAACGUGUGCGCUUCGAUAUUUAUAUGGUCAAACGUAACAAGGAAUUUAUUGCCGUCAAUGUGCAGCAAAUUUCGCUGCAACAACAACAGCAGCAGCAGCAACAACAACAACAGCUGUUAAACCAACAGGCAGUUGCCCAGCAACAGCCUGCAGUCAAUCUGAAUCAAAAUGAUCAAUUGCUGCUUUCAAAUGGCAUCAGCUCAAAUGCCAGCUCCAUGCAGAAUGGUUAUAUCAUGCAUGGCAGUCCCGGUGGCGGUAGCAGCAGCAACAGUAGCGUGGGUAGCAAUGCCACCACCCAACAGAUUUGCACACCCCAAAUUGAGGACUUCAAACUGGAGAACAAUAAUCAUGCAAGCGUUGAGGCAACAGGUGGUCAGGUGUACCGAGGAUUUAUAGCCGUUAUUAAGGAGAAUUUUGGCUUUAUCGAGACGCUGUCGCACGAUGAGGAGGUUUUCUUUCACUUUAGCAACUAUCAGGGCAAUCCCAAUUGGCUCGAGUUGGGCCAGGAGGUGGAGUACACACUGGCGCCUAAUGGCAACACGUCUGUCUCCGGCAAUUGUCUGCCUGCUGAGAAUGUUCGCACAUUGCCCAAGAACUCGAUACCGCAACCAGCGGUGCUGGAAACCGUACACAAUGGCGUUGUGGCACGCCCCUUGCGCUGCAUCAAUCCAGAUCAGCAGGAAUAUGCUGGGCUAAUUGAGAUACUCGAUGAGUUGCGUACCACAAUCAUUUCACAGCACGAAUUUGGCAUCACCAGUCUGGUGAAUAAGCGUGAUUUGCUACAAAAGGGUGAUCUUGUUAGCUUUCGCAUUGAUGAGAGCGGUCGUGCGGCAGAUGUGAAUGCCGUGAGGCAAAAGAAACGUGCAACUGUUGACUCAAUCAAGGGCCAGUUUGGUUUUCUCAAUUUCGAGGUCGAAGACGGCAAAAAACUAUUCUUUCACAUGUCUGAGGUGCAGGGCAGCACGGUGGCUCUGCAUCCAGGCGAUACUGUGGAGUUCUCAGUGGUUACCAAUCAGCGCAAUGGAAAGUCUUCGGCUUGUAACGUUUUGAAAAUUAACGAUCGUCCCGAUCGUCUGAUCUCGCGCCUUAAGCUCAAUGGCGAAGAUGGUGUGCCGCGUUUGAUACUCAUCCGUGCACCCAAGGGGCCGCAGGGCAAGGGCUUCUCCGUUUUAGCGCGCCAUCCACGCAUUCCAGGCGCCCUGGUGGAGUAAUUCCAAUUCAGAUAUUAAAUGCAAAUUAAAGACAAUGCAUGCAUAAAUACAUUUAUAUAUAUUUAUAUAUUCUUGUACGCUACAAACAUAAACAAGAACAAGGCUUAACAAUAUCAUAGUAAAAAGAAGGCACAGCAAACAACUCCAAAACAACCGUAAUCAACAACAAUUAUAAAUUAAAACUACACUGUGAACUUGUCGCUACAACAUUAUUAUAAAUGAAAGAACGAAAAGAAACAUACAUUUAUUAAGUAACUUAUUAACUUAGAAGCAAAACACUAUUGGAAACGAUAAUAAUAAUUGAUAGCAAAGCAUAUGGCAUACCACAUACAUACAUAAAUACAUGCAUAAAUACAUUAUUAAAUAAAUAUAUAUAUAUAUUCAUAUAUAUUAAUAUUGAAAGUACUAAAAUGGCAACUCCAAAACAAUUUCUACGUGUCUGAUAAAAUGUAAACGAAAUUCUGUACGUAAAGAAUUACGAAUUAAUAAUCAUUAUUAACCAGGGCCCUCCUCCUUUUCCUAUUUGUAAUAAUGCUACACAAUUUAUAAUUAUGUUAUAUUUGAAGUUGUGCGCUGCUUAAAACUGAAAUUCAAGUGUCUGAAAGAUGAAACCAAAUUGUGUGUAUACGUAUACUAUUUUUCAACUAAUUUUGCUUUAAUUUAAUUUAGCAUAUAUAAAAUGAAAUCUUAACAAAAAAAAAAACUAAACAAAAAAAAAUGAAAUGAAACAAAAACAAUUAUUGUAUAAUGGCAACGAAAUCCUUGCAUAUGUGCGUUAAACAAAAAGUAAACCAACAAGAGACAUACAAACAAACAAUAAAUGCCAUAGAUGCGUAGAUAGUUUUUUCUCAACUUAUAUAUGCUAUAUUCUAUUAAUCUAUUUCUAUUUUAAUUCUCGCAAACUGUUCUUUCACUACUUCUUUGAAGUCUAACUGUUAUACUGGCAUAUAUAGUAUACAUAUAUGUAUAUUUAUUGAAUAAUUAUUGUAUACAAUAAAAGAUGAAAGCAACAAGUAUUUAUAUAUAGCAAACAAAGUCUUAAUUUCGAUUGUAACAUUUCAACACCAAAACACUCUACGAGUAUAUUAACUGUGUAUGUUGUUGAUUCACGAAUUUUUUUCUGCAUUCAAAUAGGUUGCAUUAACUUAUUACAUAUUAUAUUAUACAAAAUACAUACAUGCAUACAUCUUACAUAUACAACAUACAUAUUUAUUUAAACAAGAAGAAAUCGAUCUUUGUAACUAACACACAAAAAUCUAAAUAUAAAACAAAAUAAAAAAAAAAUAACUUAAAGUCUUGUAUGAGAAUAAAGAAGGGCAAAUUAAAUUUGCUGCGCCAAAUCUGUUGAAACCAUUUAAUGAAAGAUUACAAAAAUUAAUUUUUAAAAAUGUAUUUUUAAAUAUUAAAAUAUAUAUAUAUAGCAAAACAAAAAAAUACAAAGAGAUCGUGUCGGAAACAAAGAGCAAAUAUUGUGAAAAUUAUGAAUUUCAAUUACUAAACAAGAAAAAAAAACCCAAAACGAAAAAAACAAAAAAAACAAAAAAAAAAAACAUUUAACAAGCUAACAACAAAUUUGGGAUCAGUACGUCCUACUAUAGCCAUGUUAUACAUAUAUACAACAACAAAAAAACACUAAGCAACACAACAACAAAUCAAGAAUAACAGUAACUUAAAUAUGUAUAACGCUAUUAUACGAAUACAUAUAUAGGUAUACAUACAUACAUAUAUCGUCUGAUAUACCGAAUGAUAAAACUGCAGGCGUUUAGAGAUUUAUGCAAUGCAAUGAAAUGAACAGCACAGACGCAACAGAACAGCAACUAAUCCUUAUUUAUAAAACAUAAAACAUAAAAAAAUCGUAAAAUAUGCACACAACAAAAAAAA